CUCCGUUACUUCACGGCGUGAGGUGACUCUGACCCUCCGGCGACUUCCCCGCCGCCGCGCUCGCUUGCCUUCUCUCCGGCCGGCAUCGAAGCCUCCAGCUGUUCCUCUCCAUCCAUUCCUCGCCACCUCCAGCAGUCCGCGCGGCUCGUUGCGCCGCGGUAACAAGGCCACCAUUGGCCGUCGCCGCGCGAGCCUCCGUUGGGAUGCGCAGCCCGCGGCCCGUCGGAUUCGCUCUCGCCCGCGGCCCCCUCCGCCUUCAGAAACCUCGGAGUCUCAAAUCCCAGCAGCAACCCUCGCGUCGGCGGCGUGGAACUAGUGUAAGUAGCAGCGCCUUGUAUGAGGUAAGUCCAGCAGUUAGGUUCCCAACUUUCCAUCCUAAAUUGGAUGAACUGCAGUUAUCUAGUCGGAAUUCCAUUGUUCCAUGCUGCGUUGCCACAUUCAGAUUCAGUUAUGAAGCAUGCUGGCGCAACGCGAAAUCGCAAUUCUGAACCAGUUUGUUCUAUGAAGAAAUGUGUAAUCACUUUGAGUGGUUCAGGUUUCUGUAUCUGCCUAUCUGGUCUUGGGUCGAUGCUACCAAACCUCACAACUGACUUCAGUGGCCGUCAAGCGUCAAUGGCUUGGUUUGCCAUAGUGUCACCUCUUGGCUUGUCCAUCCUGUUUGUUUGAUGUGUGCUCGGAAGGUUACAGUCACGGUAAGUCUUACAACAUCCUUGUGUCGCUGUCAAAAUAAUUCAUCUUUCCUCUUCCAGUUUUUAUUUUGCUAUUACUGUGAUUCUACUAGUCACAAUCCAUUACUCGGCCUGCACACGUUUUCUUCGACAGAUAUUUGUUUCAUUCUUCUACUUUUCUUUACCCUUGCAACACGUUCAGGGCGAGACAGCCCACCAUUGUUUGUUAAGUCAAGUCAAUAGUGUAGCAUAACUCCAGGCCCAUUCCUUCUGGCAGACAAAUCCUUUAAAUGGCAUCCACAUUCUACACACAAGAUCUCCGAAGCUCCAACCUAAAGUUCUCCCAACUUCCUGGUUCUUCCACAUCCUGUAAGCUCUGAACAUCAUGCCCUCAUUUUUGUCUCUACUCUGUAUUUUUCUCAUCCUUUUCUCCUUCAACACUACAACAAUCGAAGCAGCACAAGGAAACAAGUCCGAGAUUGAUCGGCAAGCCCUCCUUUGCUUCAAGUCCGGCAUCAAUUCUUAUCCCCAUGGCAUCCUAAAUUCAUGGAGUGAUGACUCACUUCACUUUUGCAGCUGGAAAGGGGUCACUUGCAGCACAAAGUUUCCACCCCGGGUGGUCUCUCUUAACCUCACCUCUACUCGUCUCAGUGGGAAAAUUUCUGGAUGUGUAGGCAACUUGACCUUUCUAUCAUCGAUGAACCUUGCCGAUAAUGAUCUGUCGGGAACCAUCCCUGAAGAGUUGGGUAAGCUCCCAAACCUCCAUACGCUGAAUCUUGCCAAUAAUAGUCUGACCGGUGGUAUCCCUCUCUCAUUGACCAAUUGUUCCUCACUCAGCACACUUAUACUGUCUCGUACUUUGUUUGAUAACUUAUCUAAGCUUACUAAGGUUGAUCUCCAGAAGAAUUCUUUCACGGGACUCAUCCCACGUUUCCAUAAGGUCACAGCACUCAAACUUCUUUGCCUGACAGAGAACUUCCUCUCUGGAAGCAUACCUCCUUCAAUAGGAAAUGUUUCUUCCCUGACAUCUAUAUUGCUCGGCCAAAAUAAGCUAUCAGGAUUAAUUCCAGAAACUAUAGGUCACACUACAAAACUACUUGAGCUUGACCUAAGUUUCAACAGUUUAUCAGGUAAUGUCCCGGUUUCUCUUUAUAACAUGUCAUCACUCAAAAACUUUAGUGUUGGCAGCAAUGCCCUUGUUGGACAGUUACCAUCUAACAUUGGUUACUCGCUACCAAACCUCCAGUCCCUAAUCCUGGGAAGCAACAGGCUGGAGGGCCUGAUCCCUGCUUCACUAGCCAACAUGUUAAAUCUUCAAAUACUUGAUCUUUCAAACAACUCGUUACAUGGCUCUGUGCCAUCUCUUGGUUCGUUGACAAACUUGCGUCAGUUAGUUUUAGGGAGGAACUUGCUAGAAGCACAUGACUGGUCAUUUCUUACAUCUCUGGCAAGUUGCACCCAGCUGACAAAAUUGUCCUUGGAAGGGAAUGCUCUGAAUGGCAGCUUACCUAUAGCAGUUGUUAAUCUUUCCACAACGCUAGAAGAGUUAUCGCUUGCAUCAAACCAAAUUUCGGGCUCCAUACCUGUUGAGAUUAGCAAUCUUGUUAAUCUCACUUCGCUUAGGAUGGAAAGCAAUUUUCUUUCGGGAAGGAUACCAUCUACCAUUGGGAAACUGCAAUACCUAUAUAUCCUAAGUCUAUCGAACAACAAAUUAUCAGGUCAGAUCCCUCCCUCAGUUGGUGACAUCACUCAAUUGGGCAAGCUUUAUCUUGAUGAUAACAACUUGAGUGGAAACAUACCUGGUAAUUUAGGUCAGUGCAAGGGACUUCUUGAACUAAACUUGUCUCGGAACAAUCUCAAUGGGUCAGUACCAGCCAAACUGUUUGAUAAUCCUCCAUUUUCCUUCGGUCUAGACUUCUCACAUAACAAUCUCACUGGGGAACUGCCUUUUGGUACACAUGGUGCUGGUUAUGGUCCAACAUCCCUUCACAUGGAAGGAAACAAGUUUCGUGGACAAAUCCCAGCAAGCUGGAACUCACUAUUAUCAACCCAGCAGAUUAAUCUUUCUCACAAUGACUUAUCUGGUACUGUGCCUGAAUUCUUUGAGCACCUUAGUAUGCUGGAGCAACUUGAUCUGUCUUACAACAACUUGGAAGGGGCUGUUCCUACAAGUGGGAUCUUUGAGAAUUCUGCCGCAGUAGUUUUGGAUGGAAACAAGGGACUCUGUUCGAAUUCCUCGAGGCUAGCAUUACCAAUUUGUCCUGGCAUCUCAGCAGCAAAUAAAACAAAGCACCAUAAGUCCAAGCACCAUCGGUCCUUGCUGGCGACCUUGCUGCUAAUUGUACUACCACCACUUACUAUUUCUUCCCUAGUAUUGCUGUGGCUUCUGUUCACUCUUUGGGAUAGAGGGGUAUUAUUCACUCAUUGCAAGAAUUUGAUUUUAUCAUUUUCACCAUCGGACGUUUUGUCCAAGAUUUUUCGCCUUUUUGGCCAUCUCAAGCGAAGGGAAGUGCAUACAGUUCCGUCCCAUGAGGAGAAGCUGAAAAGAGUGUCAUACAGUGACAUCCUUGAAGCUACUGAUUGGUUUUCGUCGGGACACAAAAUAAGCUCAAGCUGUACUGGGUCGGUCUAUGUUGGGAGGUUCAAGUUUGAAAAUGAUCUGGUGGCUAUCAAAGUAUUCAACCUGAAUGAACCUGGCGCUAAUGAAAGUUUCUUUACUGAGUGUCAGGUGCUACGGAGCACACGCCAUCGAAACAUUCUGAAGUGUGUGACUUCAUGCUCGACGACGGACACAGAACGCAAUGAGCUCAAAGCACUAGUCUACCAAUUCAUGGCUAAUGGCAGCCUUGAAAGAUGGCUUCACCCUAAGCAACACAAUGGCACACCAAAUAGAACCCUAAGCUUACGGCUGAGGAUAUGCAUAGCCGUGGAUGUGGCCUCUGCUCUCGAUUAUCUUCACAACGAACUGACGCCGUCUUUGAUGCAUUGUGAUUUGAAGCCAAGCAACAUUCUUUUAGAUUAUGAUAUGACUGCACGUAUUGGAGACUUUGGUUCAGCAAAGUUUCUGUCGCCAGUUUUGGGUAGCCUAGAACACUUGAUCAGUUUCCGAGGAACAAUUGGAUACAUGGCACCUGAGUACGGAAUGGGUUGCCAGAUCUCAGCAGGAGGUGAUGUCUAUAGUUUUGGAGUGAUUCUACUGGAGUUGCUUACCGGAAAACGACCAACCGAUGAUAUGUUCGUGGAUGGGCUUAGCCUUUGUAAGUUUUGUCAAUCCAUGUUCCCAGACAGAGUUGCAGAGAUUCUAGAUCCUCAUGUGGCGCAUGAGGAGCAUCAGCGGUGCGAAGAAGUGGACGCGGAAGCAUGGAUGCAGCGAUAUAUUGUCCCGCUGGUUGCCCUAGGGCUGUCAUGUACCGUGGAAUCUCCCAAUGAUAGGCCUGGAAUGAAGGAUGUUUAUGCAAAACUAUCUGUUAUCAGAAGCUCUUUUCUGGAACGCCGUGAUGAUUGAUGAAUAUAUCAAUUCUGUUAGGGUGUACUAAAUUGUUAUUGUUAAGGAUGUAUUUUUGUAAUUACCAGAGUGUGUUUGCGUCCUGUACCCUAUCUAUUUGACAAAACUAAAACAAACUGUGUGGACAAAUAUGUGAUUUGCAACUAGGCAUAGUUGGAUAUUGGAAGCAUCACCAACCAUGCUUUGUUGUAGAUUUGUUUUUUUAAUAAUAUU